UAUUCUGCACAAGAAUUACUGAGCCUGAAGGAAAGUUAGCAGAGGCAACCAGAGGUUUAGUAUCUGACUUCCAUUUCCAAUAUCCCACCCAAGAUGGCUCAGUGGAUGGAUCAAGUAAAUAAUAAGACUGAGAACUUGAGUAUUCUCAAAAGUACUUUAUAUGACUACGGGAUUUCGCUCUUUAAAAAGUUCAAUGGAGACGGUAGAAAGAAAUACUCUAGAAAGAAUUCAAGCAAGAAAAGAAUGAAUGUCAGCUUAAUGUUUAUUCUAAAAUAAACUUAAUUUAUAAUGUCAUAAUGAAUUUUUCUCUUCCUUUUCGUCAUCUUUUUCAUAAUUUUCUUCAUCGUCUUUCUUAUUAUUCGUAUCUGUCAACUUCAAUUUACAUGGGGCAUCUUCCA